AUGGCUCUCCGCACCCUGGCAUCGAAGAAGGCCCUAUCCUUCGCGCUCGGCGGCGCGGCCCGGCCGUUGGCGGCUUCCGCAAGGGGGGUGACGACGGUCACGCUCCCCGACCUCUCCUACGACUUCGGCGCGCUGGAGCCGGCCAUCUCGGGGGAGAUCAUGCGCCUGCACCACCAGAAGCACCACGCCACCUACGUCGCCAACUACAACAAGGCGCUGGAGCAGCUCGACGCCGCCGUCGCCAAGCGCGACGCCUCCGCCGUCGUCCAGCUCCAGGGCGCCAUCAAGUUCAACGGCGGCGGUCAUGUGAACCAUUCAAUCUUCUGGAAGAACCUCAAGCCUAUUAGUGAGGGUGGUGGGGAGUCGCCUCAUGGGAAACUUGGCUGGGCCAUUGAUGAGGAUUUUGGUUCGUUUGAAGCACUUGUAAAGAAGAUGAAUGCAGAAGGCGCUGCUUUACAAGGAUCUGGAUGGGUGUGGUUAGCUUUGGAUAAAGAGGCAAAAAAGCUUUCAGUUGAAACUACAGCUAAUCAGGAUCCUCUGGUGACUAAAGGUGCAAGCUUGGUUCCGCUGUUGGGGAUUGAUGUCUGGGAGCAUGCAUACUACCUGCAGUACAAGAAUGUUAGGCCGGAUUACCUGAACAACAUCUGGAAGGUGAUUAACUGGAAAUAUGCUGGAGAGGUGUACGAAAAUGUUCUUGCUUGA